GAUCGUCUUAUGUGAAUUCGAAUUCCCAUCCUUCCACCACACCGUCAUCACCGCACAGGACGGCCAGCACGAUCCCCUGCUUGAGACGUUCAACAAUGACCUACAUAAUGAUGCAAUUUACGACUUUCCUUAUGCUAAUUCUUGGUCUCGUUCUCGUAGCAGAGGGAUCCCCUUUCCCUGCUGGCCUGUCGAGCCGUUCCCAGGCUCUGGUACACCGAACAACUCCGUAUUUUCCUGAUUCGCCAGCUUCAUGUCCAAUCUGCGAACAGAAUUAUUCGAGUAUUCAGAACUGUGCGGAGGCUGCGCCUGUCCUGGCAAAUUUUUCCAUGAUUAUAUUUAAUCCCGGAGCCUUCGUUAAUGUUAUCCAAUGCGCCUGUACGGAGACUUUCCAGUCUGUCUUUCCCCAAUGUGUCGACUGCUUUCAAGCAACGAACCAGACAGACAUUCUAGAAGGCAAUGACUUACCCAGUAUUGUCUCUGGAAUGAGAAACAUCUGCGCAUUGGAAAGUACAUUACUGGGCAACGUGUCGGAGUCGAACGGCGAGGUGACUCCAUCUUCCACGAGCUCGGCAAGUACCUCGACGAGUUCAAGUGCAGCAAUACCCAGAGCUGUACCUGUAUCUCUCGCAGGGUUGUAUGCGAGCCUUCUCGUUGUCCUUUCCCUUGGAAUUUCUACCGCAGUGCUGUAAUGAUGGAUUAUGACUUGUAUGUAUUGACGACAUGUAAUGACUGACGACAAGUAACGAUAUUAAUUAUCAUUAUUUCUUGUAUUAAAACUGUCCGACCGAGCAAGGCUGAGAUGUGG